CCACAUAAACCAGAGCUUCAACUUACCCUUCACAUACAUACGCAAACAGCCUCUCCUGUACACACGUCCUCCCAUCUCGGCUGCUCUUACCCAAGCCCCGACGUAGCUAAAUUAAUUGUCGCCCUUUUCCAAAUCACCAGCUACCCACUACGUGUACAUAUACAUACACAUCCUCUGCCUCUGCCUCACCACCGUCACAUCUUGUCUAGUGCCGCCGCACCUCUUCUCCCUUUCGCCGCAGCCAUGUCGCUGGAAUCUGCCCUCGAUGAGGAGAUGAGAGAGGUGAUGGCGCUUUUGGAGGGUAAACCAGCCCCAUCGCGAUCGGCGCGCAACCAGAGCCCUCGUCCUGCUGCCCGCGCCUCUAGUCCAGCCGCUGCGGCAUCUCCCGUGCGCAGCAUGCUGGACAUCGGAGCCCCUCCAGUCACCCGCAGUAUGCUCGACACGGUUUCCUCCCCUCGAAGCAGCAGCCGCGGCCCUCUGCCAUCCUCCCCGCCGCCCUCAGCUCGCACCUUGGGGGGCUCUUCCAUCAAUCCUGAAGAAGCAUACAAAUUUGAAAUGCUGCCCACCAUUCAAGCCCAUUCUAUGCCGAAGCGAGUCACACAGGGCGGGAAGAAGACCAACAAACCUCGCGCCAUGUCAUCGGUAUACGGGGAAUCAUCGGACCUGCUAGCGUCCACUAGAGACGGCACACGUCAUGGUUCUUUGGCUGGCUUUUUGGGCAAACCCAAGACCAAGUCUGGCUCUCCUGGCCCUGGUAGGUCACAGUCGCCAGGCGGACGAAAGCUGAACACACAUCCCAUGAAUUUGAAGCCUACACCGAACAAAUAUGUUACCGAAUCUGGUAAGGUGAUAGAUAUGAAUUCGGCAUAUCGUAGGCUCUCGGAUGGGAACCUAUGGAGGGCUGGCGGAAACCUUUCGAGUCUCGCUAAUCGUAAGGGAUCGGAUCCAACCACAGGUGAAUCACUGGCGCCUGGGGGUGGCGUGCGCUUGGCAACUGAUGACUUUGGGGAUUCUGAGGGCGCCGUGGAAUCAAGUGAUGAAUCAGACGAGGACGGUGAUGGUUGGGAUGCGGGGAAAAGCCGAGGUCGUCGACGGACUCGCCGGGACAGUACUGAGCAGCGUGGAAAUGACAAAGUGGCUAGAAGUCUGCUUGCAGCAGCCGAAGAAGAGCGCAAGGACAUUUCGCAGACCUACAAGGUAAGGUCGUUGCUGGAACCAAGUGUGACUGUCACUGGUCCUGAUGGCGCAAUGCUUUCUGGCGAGAAGAUGUCUAUGAAGAAAUCGGGAGUGCAUCCGCAUACCAGCUUCGACCAAGAGGGUGGUCAGUCAUCUGGAUUCAACUCGGAUACAGAGGCCGAUCUUUCGGAAAUGAGGUCUGCACAGCAACUCUCCAUGAGUAUAGCGCCCAUCCAGUCAAGUCCUGAAGCUCACAGGUGCGUGCGACAAGUAAUUCGCGGCAACUACAACAAGUUUGAAGACGAUGCCGAAAAGGGUUUGCGACGACAGCGGGUGUAUCUAGUGGCCACAGACAUCAGUGAAGAAGCGGCAUAUGCAUUGGAAUGGACAAUAGGCACCGUGUUACGCGAUGGGGAUACCUUACUCGCAGUGUACGCGGUGGACGAAGAGACCGGUAUUGGCGGCACAGAGACUGGAAGCACAACAGCGCAACAGGAAUCAGAAACACUGAAGCAUGUGCUAUCGAACAAUCCAACCCAUUCUGUCGACCCGAACGGGUCGCCCUUGGCCAAUAGCGUCGCAGCUACAGAUGCAGACGUGGAAGCAAUGGGCACAGCGGAGAAAGCACGAUACCAAGCUUGCGUGGAGGUAUCUGAUCGAUGUCUCAAACUGCUGCGCAAGACUCGCCUGCAGGUCCGCGUGGUGGUUGAAGUGUUCCACUGCAAGAGCCCAAAGCAUAUGAUUACAGAAGUGAUUGACUUUCUGGAACCCACCUUGGUAAUCCUCGGGUCUCGAGGUCGUAAUGCGUUGAAAGGUGUUCUACUUGGAUCUUUCAGUAAUUAUUUGGUGACCAAGAGUUCUGUCCCCGUCAUGGUUGCAAGAAAACGUCUCCGAAAACACAGUAAAUACAAGCGGAAGAAUCUUCGUUUGUCCAAUGUCAUCUCCAGUCCCAACGGACGGCUGGCAAAUGCUAAAAUCGAUUGA